CCGUUUCGUUGUUUUUCCCCAGAACUACUUUAUCCAUUAAAUCCUGAUGGCGGCUACAGAAGAACACUGCUAUUAUUGCUUUGAUGUCCUCACUUCAUAUCUGGAAGGUGGCAAACUUCCCGAACCAAAGUUUAAAAACGAUGCAUAUCCCUUAUUUGUGACAUGGAAUAUUGAAACGCAUGGCGAACUUCAUUUACGAGGCUGCAUUGGGAAUUUCAAUGCGAUGGCUUUAAGACCGGGCUUGAAAGAGUAUGCUUUGGCAAGUGCAAUUCAAGAUAGACGCUUCAAACCUAUUACGUUACGAGAAGUACCUCGUCUCACAUGUAGCGUAUCACUGCUUACCAAUUUUGAGGACGGUAAAGAUUACCUGGACUGGGAGAUCGGUACGCAUGGCAUCUGGAUUGAAUUCCCGAUGGGUGAGAAAAAACGGACGGCCACGUAUUUACCGGAAGUCAUGCCUGAGCAAGGGUGGACAAAGACGGAAGCUAUUGAUUCUUUACUACGAAAAGGAGGUUAUCAUGGACCGAUUACCGAGGACGUCCGACGAUCGAUUCGACUAACACGAUACCAAUCCUCCAAGAUCCAACGAUCCUAUAAUCAUUAUCUCAAUGCCAAGAAUAACUGAGCAACGUCAUCUUUGUGUGACGAUGUUCGAUUUUCACAGAUUUGAAAAUAAUUCCAAUGCACCAU